GUAGUUUUUGUUUCACAUUACAGCGUAUAUUCUGGCUAAGCUACAUUUUCAAGGUGUGUUUUGUAGCGGUUGUUAGAGACUUUCACUUUUAACGUCAUCUUGUGACUACUUUCCAUGACGUUACAACUGCUUCGCAGCAUACGCAAUUCAUUUGCAAUUCGAAUUCAAAAUUGUACACAUUUCAGCGGACGCCAUUGUUGUUCCUUACGUAGCCAAUACCGUUAUUUGGAGUGGGGACCAAGAGGCGUGAGGGGGGCACGUAUCGGCGGCACGAUUGGGGUGCGAGUUCACUCUGUCACUCGGUCAUUACGGUAUUUCUCUGUUGUUCGUCCCACAUUCACGAUCGCGAAAGAAAAAGUGACAAUGCCCGAAAACAAACCGUUUCAGCGACUUCCAAAAGAUGUUGUGCCUAAACAUUAUAAUUUAGAAUUAACACCCAAUCUCGAAACAUUAACGUUUUCAGGAAAGACAUCAGUGAAAGUAUCGAUUGUGAAAUCGACGAAAGAAAUAGUUCUUAACUGUUUGGAUUUGGAAUUGAAGAGUGUCAGCUUGCAGUAUAAUGAGGGCGGUUCUAUGUUGACGUUGGACCCGGUAGACGUCAGCUUGAGCACGUCCGAUGAGACAGCACGUAUAGUUUUUGAUAAGGCUUUGCCGACAGGCGAGGCCGAACUGUUUUGCGAAUUUAAUGGCGAGAUCAACGACAAAAUGAAGGGUCUUUAUCGGAGUAAAUAUAUGACCCCUGGGGGCGAGGAGCGGUACGCGGCUGUCACCCAGUUUGAGGCGACCGAUGCUCGUCGAUGUUUCCCUUGCUGGGACGAGCCCGCCAUCAAAGCUACUUUCGAUAUCACACUUGAUGUACCAGCCGAUCGUGUCGCGCUCUCCAACAUGCCCGUGAAAGAGGAGAAGAUCAAGGGAGAAAAAAAACUAAUUCAUUUUGAUACCACUCCUAUUAUGUCCACUUAUCUCGUAGCUGUAGUUGUUGGUGAAUAUGAUUAUGUGGAGAAAAAGUCUCGUGAUGGUGUGUUGGUACGUGUAUACACCCCAGUUGGAAAAAGUAAACAAGGCAUGUUUGCUUUGGAAGUGGCUGCCAGAGUACUUCCAUAUUACAAAGAGUACUUUGAUAUUGCCUAUCCACUUCCUAAGAUAGAUUUGAUAGCCAUAGCAGACUUCUCAGCAGGGGCUAUGGAAAACUGGGGUUUGGUCACAUACAGAGAGACUUGUUUACUUGUAGAUGAAGAGCACACAUCAGCUGUGCGUAGACAGUGGAUUGCUCUAGUAGUGGGUCAUGAGCUGGCACACCAGUGGUUUGGUAAUCUUGUCACUAUGGAGUGGUGGACACAUCUCUGGUUGAAUGAAGGAUAUGCCUCUUUUGUGGAAUUCCUCUGUGUUAAUCACCUAUUCCCCGAGUAUGAUAUUUGGACUCAAUUUGUCACUGAAACCUACAUCAGGGCCCUGGAGCUCGACUGCUUGAAGAAUUCACAUCCUAUAGAAGUGCCUGUAGGUCAUCCGUCUGAAAUAGAUGAAAUAUUUGAUGACAUAUCUUACAAUAAAGGUGCUUCUGUGAUUCGUAUGUUGCACAGAUAUAUUGGUGAUGAUGAUUUCAGAAAAGGAAUGAAUAUUUAUUUAACUCGUCAUCAGUAUAAAAACACUUUUACAGAAGAUUUAUGGGCUGCCUUAGAGGAAGCCUCUAAUAAGCCUGUAGGUGCAGUAAUGUCAACUUGGACUAAACAGAUGGGUUUCCCAAUGGUACAGGUCACAUCUGAACAAAGAGGAUCAGACCGUGUUCUUACUCUGACUCAACACAAGUUUUGUGCUGAUGGAAACUUGGCUGACAAUACACUAUGGAUGGUACCUAUCACUAUAUCUACUCAGGAACAACCCUCGAAGGUCGCCUUAUCAACUGUAUUAGAAAACAGGACUCAAGAAGUCGUCUUGGCAAAUGUCGCCGAGUCCUCAUGGGUGAAACUAAAUCCUGGAACUGUUGGUUAUUACCGCACGAGGUACCCGGCGUCAAUGCUGGAGAAACUUGUGACAGCAGUCCGCGACGGUUCGCUUCCGCCACUAGACCGGCUCGGCCUUCUCGAUGACUGCUUCGCUCUCGUUCAGGCUGGACACACACAUACCGCUGAGUCUCUAAAACUGAUGGAAGCAUUUAGCAAUGAAACAAACUUCACUGUGUGGUCAUCGAUAUCGAACUGUCUAUCGAAGCUGAGCGCGCUGUUCUCACAUACGGCAUUGGACAAACCCUUGAAGAACUAUGGACGCAAGUUAUUCUCCAACGUGACGCGACGCUUGGGCUGGGACGCUGAGGAGAAGGAGAGUCAUUUGGACACUUUGCUCAGGAGUUUAGUGCUGAAUAAAAUGAUCAGCUUCGAAGACCCGGAUACAAUCAAAGAGGCUAAGAUACGAUUUGAGAAGCAUCUGUCCGGUGAGUGCCCGCUGGCGGCGGACCUGCGGUCGGCGUGUUACCGCGCGGUGCUGGCGGGCGCGGACGAUCGCACGUUCCAGCGGUUCCUGCAGCUGUACCGCGCCGCCGACCUGCACGAGGAGAAGGACCGCAUCAGUCGCGCACUGGGCGCCGUCAAACAGCCGGACCUACUCAAACGUGUACUAGAAUUCGCUGUAUCGGAUGAAGUACGCUCACAAGAUACGGUGUUCGUAAUAGUGUCAGUAGCAGUGAGCAAGAACGGGCGGGACUUAGCCUGGCAGUUCUUCAAGGACCAUUGGCAGGAGUUUAUGGAGCGAUAUCAAGGCGGCUUCCUCCUGGCGCGCCUGGUGAAAUCUACGACGGAGAACUUCGCGUCGGAGGAGUGCGCUCAGGAGAUAGAGGAGUUCUUCCGCACCCACAAGUCGCCCGGCACCGAGCGGUCCGUGCAGCAGGCGCUCGAGACCGUCAGACUAAACGCCGCCUGGCUGCGAAGGGACCUCGCCACCACCGCCGCCUACCUGCAGCCCUACCAGAACCUCAAGGACCAAAACCACAUAGAAGACUGAGACAACUACGAAAUCCCCAGUUAAGUAUCGAAUGCACAGCUAAACACUUCUAUUUAUUUCCAAUAACAUAAUUGUAUUGUAAAUUUCUAACGGGAGUAAUUUUUGUAUUAUAAUUUACGUUUAGUACAUAUUGUAUUUAUUUAACAAUAUAACAAACCUAAGUUAAUAAAUUUUGUUAAUCAACGUCAAAUUAAAUACAUCAAAGACAGAAAUAUAUGCUUUUUAUGUUUCUAUAGAGUAAACAGCUGUUGUUAGCUGCUUGGGAUUGAGAUGUGAAUUAAUAUUCAAAUAUAACUAGAAAAACAUGUCAUUUGCUAUGUAACAUCAAUAGGGAUUGUAUUUUUUAUUAUAAUGGGUCCAGGAGCGAAGCAUCCUAUUCAGCAAAUAAAUAUACAAAUAUAAUAUGUAGUAUCAUUAUGCUAGGUUUUAAAUUGUUAUAUUUUAUUUUGACAUUCGUAAUACAUUACAGUUCUUGUUGUCAAUAACAUGUGUAUGAAUAGAUCGUUAAAACUAAUAAUAAACACAACAUUGCAAUCUGAAACUUGAUGCUGGCUAUAUCAUGGAAUAGCCAAUAACGAAUAAAUUGAAUUGAACAUUAGUUUACAAUAAUUAUUCUUAUGACUGUCUGUCUAAUAAUAAAAUUAUUUCGAUUAUAAAAAAAUACAGUGAUUGAAAAUAAUUUAAAAUCAUAGCUAAUGUAUCUAUUCGUUACAGCUGUAAAUUGGUAAUAGCAUUUAUGUUUAUAUGAGCCAUAUUAGCUACAGUUUUAUGUAUAAAUGUGUAAAAUAAAAAUGUUGUUAUUAUUAAUUCCUUUAGUUACUAUACGAGUGAUUAAUAUUGGUGCUGAAUAAGUUUGUUUGGAAAACGACAUCUUUUCUCGCGUAUAUUUUAUUUGAAUAGGACUGAAAUGUUACCGUUCAGGAAAUGUGCAUACGCAUGGAAUGCUUUUGGAUUUUUUUUUUAAUUAAAUGAAAUUGUAAUGUUUAGGUAAAUAUAAUUCGAAGUUACCAAACCUAAUUAAUUGCCUCGUUUGUUGUCAUCUUUGAUUUGUAUUGUAAGACUGUGUUAUUGCAAUAAAUCGUAC